UUUGGGUCCAUCAGGUCGGGGUCCUUCUGCCGAGGAUUCCCACGUGAAUGUACGAGCAUGAUAGUUUACUGUAAAUGAAUCGUAGUUUUUUUUGCCCAAAAGUUGUAUUUAACACUUUAACGGCGUAUUUUGUUUUGUCGGGGAACAUUUGAGGGUGCAGUUGGGAAAAAAUGGCAACUUUUCGGAAAAAGGUGGACAAUCGCAUUCGUGUCCAGAUAGAAAACGGUGUGGCACAGCACCAUCGGUCUAUGUUCGUUAUAGUUGGUGAUCGUGGCAGAGAUCAGGUUGUCGUUCUCCACCACAUGCUGUCUAAAGCAACAGUCAGAGCUCGGCCAUCAGUGUUAUGGUGCUACAAAAAAGAGCUGAGCUUCAGCAGUAAUCGAAAGAAGAGGAUGCGACAACUGCAGAAGAAGAUCAAAACAGGCACGCUCAACCUAAACCAGGAUGAUCCUUUUGAGCUCUUCAUUGCUGCAACCAACAUCCGAUACUGUUACUACACUGAAACACACAAGAUCCUGGGAAACACCUAUGGCAUGUGUGUUCUGCAGGACUUUGAAGCUCUCACUCCCAACCUUUUGGCUCGAACUGUUGAAACUGUGGAAGGUGGAGGGAUUGUGGUCAUUCUUCUGAGGACUAUGAACUCACUGAAGCAGCUGUACACAAUGGCAAUGGAUGUUCAUUCUCGAUACAGGACAGAGGCUCACCAGGAUGUUGUUGGAAGGUUCAAUGAAAGGUUUAUCCUGUCUCUUGCCUCCUGUAAGACAUGUGUUGUGAUUGAUGACCAACUCAACAUUCUGCCAAUCUCCUCUCACAUUACCAACAUCAAACCUGUCCCUCCAAAGACACAGGAUGAUGGACUGUCUCCAAGGGAACAAGAGCUGAAGGACUUAAAGGAGUCUUUACAGGACACACAGCCAGUUGGUGUUUUAGUGGACGGCUGUAAAACUAUGGACCAGGCCAAAGCAGUGCUUAAAUUCAUCGAGGCUAUUUCAGAAAAGACCCUGCGGAGCACUGUAGCUCUGACUGCUGCCCGUGGUCGAGGCAAAUCUGCUGCACUGGGAUUGGCUGUAGCUGGAGCUGUUGCUUUUGGCUAUUCAAAUAUCUUUGUCACAUCACCCAGCCCAGACAAUCUGCACACGCUGUUUGAGUUCGUAUUUAAAGGUUUUGACGCUCUCCAGUAUCAGGAACAUCUGGACUAUGAAAUAAUCCAGUCUUUGAACCCAGAUUUUAACAAAGCUGUGAUUCGUGUUAACAUCUUCAAAGAACAUCGACAGACCAUUCAGUACAUUCACCCUGCUGAUGCGGUGAAAUUAGGCCAGGCAGAGUUGCUAGUCAUCGACGAGGCUGCUGCGAUCCCACUGCCUUUAGUAAAGAAACUACUUGGGCCCUACCUUGUGUUUAUGGCAUCUACAAUCAACGGGUAUGAGGGCACCGGUCGCUCUCUGUCUCUUAAGCUGAUUCAGCAGUUAAGGCAGCAGAGUGCAGACAGCCAGCAGAACCUCUCGGCUGAGAACAGAAACACCAGCACAGCCAGGCUGGCAGCAGCACGAACCCUUCAUGAGGUGACCCUCCACGAGUCUAUCCGAUAUGGCCAGAGGGACCCUGUGGAGAAAUGGCUGAAUGAUCUGCUAUGUUUGGACUGCCUGAGUGUCCCACGCAUCAUUUCUGGUUGUCCUUUACCCCAGACAUGCGACCUUUAUUAUGUGAAUCGAGACACAUUGUUUUGUUAUCACAAAGCUUCUGAGGCUUUCCUCCAGCGUCUUAUGGCACUUUAUGUAGCAUCGCAUUACAAGAAUUCACCUAAUGAUCUUCAGAUGCUCUCAGAUGCUCCUGCUCACCAUCUCUUUUGCCUGCUGCCCCCUGUCCCACCCACACAGAAUUCACUCCCAGAGGUCUUAGCAGUUGUCCAGGUAUGUCUGGAAGGAGAGAUCUCGCGUCAAUUUGUCCUCAACAGCUUGUCCAGAGGGAAGAAAGCUUCAGGUGACCUCAUUCCAUGGACCGUUUCGGAACAGUUUCAAGACCCUGACUUCGGCGGCCUCUCUGGGGGCCGGAUUGUUCGUAUUGCAGUGAAUCCUGAUUAUCAGGGGAUGGGUUACGGAACCCGUACGUUGCAACUGCUACAGCGAUAUUAUGAGGGGCAGUUUCCACUUCUGGAUGAGCAAGAACAGACAACGACUAACGCGAUCACAUCUGUGAGCAGUGAGGCUGUCAGUCUCCUGGAGGAGGUGGUGUCUCCCAGGAAAGACCUGCCACCGCUGUUGUUGAAGCUGAAUGAGAGAAGAGCCGAGAAGCUGGACUACCUCGGGGUGUCUUACGGUCUCACUCCUCAACUACUCAAGUUCUGGAAAAAGGCUGGAUUUGUGCCUGUUUAUUUAAGACAGACUCCAAAUGACCUGACAGGAGAGCACUCAUGCAUUAUGCUGAAGGAGCUCAAUGCUGAGGAGUCUACAGAGCAGGACCAGUGGCUCUCUGCUUUUUGGAAGGAUUUCCGGCGGAGGUUCCUUUCUCUGCUAUCCUUCCAGUUUAGCAAAUUUAACCCAGCCAUGGCCCUUAACAUAUUGCAGAACAGGAACGCUAAGGACGACAGCCCAGAAGCACUUACCAGUGCAGAGUUAGCGGCAACAUUUACUCCAUACGACCUAAAGCGUUUGGAGAUGUAUUCAAGAAACAUGGUGGACUAUCACCUCGUCAUGGACAUGAUCCCUGUUGUUGCACGCAUGUUUUUCCUCAAACAACUGGGAAACAUCACACUUUCUACUGCCCAGUGUGCGUUGUUGUUGGGAAUUGGGCUUCAACACAAGAGUGUAGAUGAGCUGGAGAAGGAGAUUGAGCUGCCUGCUUCUCAGCUUAUGGGCCUGUUCAACCGUGUCAUCCGUAAAGUGGUGCAGUUCUUCAAUACUCUUCAGGAGAAUGCGAUUGAAGCAGAGAUGGUGGCCACCAAAGAUAUAAGCAUGGAACCAACUGUGCAGACACUUAAUGAAGAUCUGAAUGAUGCAGCCAAAGAUUUCCAAGAGAAAAACAAACAGGACAUGGACAAGAUUAAAGACAUGAAUCUUUCAGAGUACAUAAUUCGAGGAGAUGAUGAGGAAUGGAACCAAGUGUUGAAGAAAGCAGGACAUACAGCUGUUGUUAGCAUAAAAAGUGACAAGAAAAGAAAAAUGGAAGGCAUGAAUCAGAAAGAACAACGGGAAGGCAAGAAGAUGAAGAAAAAUAAGGACAAAAAGAGCAAAUUUGGGAAGAAACCAUAAAGAAAUGGACUUGUUUUGAAAUGUAUUCGUGCCGUCGUCUUUCUCUGCUCUGUAGAUAAAUUCAAGACAUGAGUCCAAAUUAAAAUAUCACUUUCAGUAAGAAUUUUAGAGACGACUAAAUUGUUUUAACAUUUUUGUAACAAGACUCUGCAGGUAUUUUCAGACAAAGAAAAUAAAGUUGUACAUUGUUGUUUUGUUCUUUUAACCACAUUUCAGAUAUUAA